AUGCCGCCACACAGGAAACGAAGCAGGACGGGUAGCCAUCAGGACAGCCUCGCAGGCGCUCUGCCCGGGGAUCAAGCGAGCGAUGCCAUCAUCAUCUCCGACGGUGAGGACGAGGAGCUCGGCAAGGAAGAGCUCAAGCUAGAGAUCCUUCAACUCGAGCAGAGGCUUGAAGACCAAACGAAGCGGACAAAGCAAUACGAGAUCGAGGCGGUCAGGUAUCAGGAGCUGCUGCUCAAGUGUCGGCGCAGCGCCCAGUCCGCCCGCGACAAGCAAGCCGCUAAGUCGCAGCAACAAGCACGAGCGCUACACGACGGCCUUGAAGAGGUGCAGGACAUGGCCGGCGCGAUAGAAACGACCCAAAGCAAAGCCAAGGAGCAGAUUGACGAGCUGCGCAAGAGCCUCGAGGCUGAGAGGCAAGCCCAUGCUGCCGCCCAGCAUGCCCGCAAGCAAGCCAUCGACACCAUCAAGGACCUCGAGGCCAGCAUACAGAAACUGCAGACGGAGCUAAGCAGUGAAAGAGAGACACGCAUGAAGCUGGAGUCGCUUCAAGCCAGCCUCGCACGAGAGCAGGCACCGCAGACCUCUGCCGUCCCUCCAGCACAGAGCGGAGCAUCCCCAAGCUCCAGAGCUGACCUCCCAGUCGCCAGGCCGUACACAAGGCCCGCCCGGGACCCGCGGCUGGCGAAGCGCCAGGCACCUGGGCCAGAGCCUGGAAGCUGCAUCUUCAGCGAGGCGUACGUGAGCCUCAAGGGCAUGCCAGGCAAGCACAUGGACCCUCGCUAUCAUGGUUGGCUGCCGUAUGAUGACGCCUUCGAGAUCAAAGACAGCUUGACUGUGCUCUGUGACGGGGUAGGAGAGGGAGGCUAUCGGUCAGGGAUCUUUGCGAGGAAGCUUGUGGAGAGCAUGGCAAGGCCUGUCGACAUGCUCGGCGAUCUCUUUGAAAAGCUUGAGUACUGCAUCCAGAGGAUGCGCAUGCCUCAGCCAUCUUCCUAUCACGACAUCCUGGAACUUGCAUCUUCGACUGUGGUAGCGCUUCAGCUCAAACCGGGAAGAGACAGUGACGAGAUCAUGAUCGAUGCUCUCGAGCUGGGCGACAGCCAGUGGGCGCUGCUGACCUUGGACGCUUCUCGACGCAGGGCUCGCUGCGAGUACCUGUCGCCCCCUCGCUUCCACUCUCCGCACGACAACGGCAAGAGACCUCCGUACCAGGCGGGGAUGAACCAAGGGCACAUGCGGCAGUACAGAGACAGGAAGAACGAGAUCUUGCAGCGGAUGUAUGCGCGAUCAGGCGACAUCAUCGUAGCAGGAAGCGACGGCUUCUGGGAGAACCUGGGCUCGGACGACCACGCGAGGAGAUCGGCCUUGGAGACGAUGUCGGAGGAGGUACUUGGUGACUUCGGACACGGGGGCUUCGUCGAGGGUCUUGGAGGAAGGCUGCGGGAGAGGACGGAGAACAGGAUGGAUAGGUCGAUGGGGAAGAAGGACGAUCUGACUCUGAUCGUGUCUCGCAUGACAGUGUCUCGAGGGCAGCAGCAGAGAGGGGUUGAGGUCCGCAUGGAGGGAAACGAAGCAGGACGGGUAGCCAUCAGGACAGCCUCGCAGGCGCUCUGCCCGGGGAUCAAGCGAAGCGAUGCCAUCAUCAUCUCCGACGGUGAGGACGAGGAGCUCGGCAAGGAAGAGCUCAAGCUAGAGAUACUUCAACUCGAGCAGAGGCUUGAAGACCAAACGAAGCGGACAAAGCAAUACGAGAUCGAGGCGGUCAGGUAUCAGGAGCUGCUGCUCAAGUGUCGGCGCAGCGCCCAGUCCGCCCGCGACAAGCAAGCCGCUAAGUCGCAGCAACAAGCACGAGCGCUACACGACGGCCUUGAAGAGGUGCAGGACAUGGCCGGCGCGAUAGAAACGACCCAAAGCAAAGCCAAGGAGCAGAUUGACGAGCUGCGCAAGAGCCUCGAGGCUGAGAGGCAAGCCCAUGCUGCCGCCCAGCAUGCCCGCAAGCAAGCCAUCGACACCAUCAAGGACCUCGAGGCCAGCAUACAGAAACUGCAGACGGAGCUAAGCAGUGAAAGAGAGACACGCAUGAAGCUGGAGUCGCUUCAAGCCAGCCUCGCACGAGAGCAGGCACCGCAGACCUCUGCCGUCCCUCCAGCACAGAGCGGAGCAUCCCCAAGCUCCAGAGCUGACCUCCCAGUCGCCAGGCCGUACACAAGGCCCGCCCGGGACCCGCGGCUGGCGAAGCGCCAGGCACCUGGGCCAGAGCCUGGAAGCUGCAUCUUCAGCGAGGCGUACGUGAGCCUCAAGGGCAUGCCAGGCAAGCACAUGGACCCUCGCUAUCAUGGUUGGCUGCCGUAUGAUGACGCCUUCGAGAUCAAAGACAGCUUGACUGUGCUCUGUGACGGGGUAGGAGAGGGAGGCUAUCGGUCAGGGAUCUUUGCGAGGAAGCUUGUGGAGAGCAUGGCAAGGCCUGUCGACAUGCUCGGCGAUCUCUUUGAAAAGCUUGAGUACUGCAUCCAGAGGAUGCGCAUGCCUCAGCCAUCUUCCUAUCACGACAUCCUGGAACUUGCAUCUUCGACUGUGGUAGCGCUUCAGCUCAAACCGGGAAGAGACAGUGACGAGAUCAUGAUCGAUGCUCUCGAGCUGGGCGACAGCCAGUGGGCGCUGCUGACCUUGGACGCUUCUCGACGCAGGGCUCGCUGCGAGUACCUGUCGCCCCCUCGCUUCCACUCUCCGCACGACAACGGCAAGAGACCUCCGUACCAGGCGGGGAUGAACCAAGGGCACAUGCGGCAGUACAGAGACAGGAAGAACGAGAUCUUGCAGCGGAUGUAUGCGCGAUCAGGCGACAUCAUCGUAGCAGGAAGCGACGGCUUCUGGGAGAACCUGGGCUCGGACGACCACGCGAGGAGAUCGGCCUUGGAGACGAUGUCGGAGGAGGUACUUGGUGACUUCGGACACGGGGGCUUCGUCGAGGGUCUUGGAGGAAGGCUGCGGGAGAGGACGGAGAACAGGAUGGAUAGGUCGAUGGGGAAGAAGGACGAUCUGACUCUGAUCGUGUCUCGCAUGACAGUGUCUCGAGGGCAGCAGCAGAGAGGGGUUGAGGUCCGCAUGGAGGGUCUUUCCGAGGGCGACUGUGACAUAAACCUUGACGAGGUCACGAGGGGUAUCGCCAAGUACUGCGGCAGAGUACUAUCAUCGCGGAUCGGCGACUCAGCAGCUAGAGUUCGAGUGGCACUGGCCGGCGGAAUUGACUCUGCCACGGUGAGACUUGACCGAGCUACCGUGGCAAUCAUGGUGGCCGCUUAG